AUGCUUCAAGCCUUCCCCAAUGCACGUCGCCAGUUCACGCUAGAGCUCUGGCUUUGUUCACGUCGGCUAUCACCUUCAUUCACGGGUGAUCGACACGUGCAAAAGACGCAUGUGACUCGAUCUCGGGACUCCGUUGCCGGUGCCGGAAUGGAUCUUCGUCCACCGCUAGAUCGAGGUUUGCUGGCUAUGCGGCACAUGGCCACGGGGCUGGCCGGAUGGAAUGGUCCGUCGCUUAGCGGGUUCCGAGCUGCCAUGGGGAUUCUCGUUCAAGGGUCCAUUCGAGCUGAGCUGUCGGCCGCUCGGAUAUAG